AUGAAGUUCCUUGAGGUAAUGACAUGUUUUCUAUCUGCGUUUGCAGCAGCGAGUACAUCUCCACAAGCAUCAGAGCCAACUCUGGAACCGAACUACACAUCCCCGCUGGGCGUGAAAUACAUCAACCCGUCGACUAGCUACGAUGUCACUGGACCCUACAGUCUGCUCUCCAUCGCAGGCCCGACGCUCUACAUCGCCGGCGUUCGUGGGAUACAUCCCUCAAACAGCUCGCUCGCUGAAAUCGGGUAUCCCAGAAUACGCCUGGCAUAUGAGAACAUGGCCCAUUUGGCCCGGUCGGCGGGGUCCGAUCUGACAUCAUGCGUUCGUCUCGUUGUCUAUGUGUCGGACAUGUAUCGCUAUCGCCCCAUCGUCAACCAAGUCCAGAAUGAGCUCUGGGCCGAGCUGAACACCACCGGCAAGGUGCUGUUCCCGCCCAGAACAAUCGUUGAGGUACAGAGGCUGAACGACGAUGAUAUCGUCGAGGUCGAGGGCACCUUCUGGCUGGGCUGA